AUGUUAACUGGGUCAUGCUUUGUUCUUCCAACACAGAUCCGAAAAAGUCAUGUGGCAAAAUGCCUUCAAAAGAUCCAUACGUCAUCCCGAGCAGAUCUGCAGCUGGGUAAAAUAGACGAUGAUGUGAUAUACCCCGAUCUGCCACAAGUGGGUGUCCCAAACCUCCAAACCGAGGAGUUACUUAGCUUUAGGGGCCUGAAGACAAUUAGCUUCCCUUGUUUGACCAGAAAUAAAGUGACCGGACCGGAACCGCAAUAUGACAAAAUCCUAUCAGGUUACAACACAUUCAACUCUGGGCAACCGUUCAAUUUCAAAUACAGCAAAGGUGUCAUACCAGAACUAGUCAUUGUGUAUGAAACAUGGGGCGAGCUCAACAAAGACAAAACCAACGCUCUUGUGAUACAUGCUGGAUUGUCUGCCAGUUCCCAUGCUAAGAGUCAUGAGGAAAACACAACACCAGGCUGGUGGGAGAAGUUUGUUGGGCCAGGCUGCGCAAUUGACACUGACAAAUUCUUUGUCAUCUGCACCAACACUUUAGGGGGUUGCUAUGGGUCAUCAGGUCCAAGCAGUUUUAAUCCAUUGAAUAAAAAGCAAUACGCAACCACAUUCCCUGUGGUCAGUGUCACCGACAUGGUGGCUGCAAAGUUCCAGGUGUUGGAUCACCUCGGUAUUAAUAGUUUACACGCCAGUGUUGGAUCCUCUCUGGGUGGAAUGUGUUCACUGACUGCUGCUGCCAUGUAUCCUGACAGAGUGGGCAGGAUGGUCUCUAUCUCAUCCUGCGCCCAGAGCCACCCUUCCUCCAUCGCCGCCCGCUACCUGCAGAGGAAGUGUAUCAUGGUGGACCCCAACUGGAACAAGGGCCACUACUAUGAUGGCAAAUACCUCAAAAUGGGCAUGAAACUCGCCAGGGAGCUUGCAACCAUGGGCUACAGAAGUGGACCUGAGUGGGAUUUGCGUUUCGCUCGGAAACGAAUUGAUGAGGGGAAACCUCCGACACUGUGUCCCACCUUCAUUAUUGAGAGUUACAUAGAGUACCAGGGAGAGCAGUUCAGCACGAAGUUUGACCCAAAUUCACUAUUGUAUAUUUCUAAGGCCAUGGACAUAUUCGACAUUGAAGAAGGGUAUAACAGCCUGGAGGAAGCAUUGGAGAGAGUUGUGUGCCCUUCCAUGGUUAUUUGAGUGAAAACAGACAUUCUUUUUCCCAUUUAUCAGCAGCGGGAAUUAGCUACCAGUCUCACAAAGUCAGGAAAUUCACACGUGACUUACUACGAGAUAGACUCCAUAUAUGGCCAUGAUACGUUCCUACUGGAUCUAAACAAUAUUGGAGCUGCAGUGAAGGGCUUUUUGGAGACUAAGAUGUCAAACGGUCAUUGA